GGAGGGUGUUGGAUUUUUUCUUUCCUCCAUCAUGGUGAAACAAAGCUGUUGGUUGCUUUUGGUGCUGCUGGUUGUAGGCCAGGCCUAUGCGUCUUUUCGGGGGCAUGCCUUGAGCAGAAAGCAACGUCACUCUGAUCACUGGUGGAGGGUUAAUCAGCCUGUAUCUGGCAUGGGUUCCUCUAGAAAGGUAGGCUGGGGGGCUUCAGACCCUGGACUUGGAUGGGACACCCAUGGAAGGUACCCUGGUGCUGGUUAUGGUUCAGGGUAUGAUUGGGGCUCCUCUAGGAUGGACCUUGGGCAACCCAGACAGCAAGUGGCCUACAAUCCCGUCAGUGUGGUGUGCGAUGAGGACAAGAUGGUGGUGACUGUGCAGAGAGAUCUUUAUGGAAAUGGGAAGCUGGUGAAGGUGUCAGACCUGAGCCUAGGAUCCCAGCCCUGUAAUCCCGACUCUUCAAGCUCUGAUACUACUGUGGUCUUUCGUGUUGGCUUGCAGGAUUGUGGAAAUACCCCUCAGAUGAGUGCAGACUUGCUGAUGUACAGCACUUUUCUGACCUACAAACCAUCUUCUGCCACAUCACUGCCCAUCACGAGGAGCAGCUCUGCUGUUAUAUCCAUCAAGUGCUAUUACCCCAGGCAUGACAAUGUGAGUAGUAAAGCCAUACAUCCAACGUGGGUUCCCUUCAGCGCCACUGAAACGUUUGAGGAGAAGCUGAACUUCUCGCUGCGUCUGAUGAAUGAUGACUGGAGUGGUCCCAGUCCUUCGAUUAUCUUUGAGCUUGGGGAACGUUUGAAUAUAGAAGCUGCUGUGGACACGGACAAUCAUGUUCCUAUGAGAAUACUUGUGGACCGAUGUGUGGCCUCACUGAAUAAAGAUACCACACAAGGACCGUCUUAUGAAAUCAUUGCUUUUAGUGGGUGCAUGGUUGAUGGGAAGCAAGAAGAUUCAAGCUCUGCCUUCAGUACUCCAAGAUCCCACCCUAAUAAGCUUCAAUUUUCAGUUGAUGCUUUUAAGUUUGUUAAUGUAGACUCGUCUGUGAUCUUUAUUACCUGUUUCUUGAGGGCUGUAACAGAUGACACUUCACCUGAUUUUAUAAACAAGGCCUGCUCAUACAGUAAAACAAGCAACAGCUGGCUUGCUGUUGAGGGUCCUAGCAGUAUCUGUAGCUGCUGUGAACUGGGAAGAUGUGACCAGUCAACUUCUGGAUCAAGAAGGCUUGGUCUGAGUGGAGGGUCAAGACAUCACUGGAAGAGAGAAGCUACUUUUGAUAUUGGAACACGGGAUGAAGAAUGGUUUUCGACACUUGGACCUCUGUAUGUUGUGGGAUCUGACAGUAACAAAGCCCUAAAGCUGGAUGGAUCUUCAUCAUUGACAAUGGAAAUCUGGAUGGUGGCAGGAGUCUGCUCACUGUGGCUUGUUGGAUUAAUGACAUGUAUAUUGGUUUGGACAAUCAAGCCUAAGAAAACCCUGAUGUCUCAACAACAAUAAAAUGCACUUUGUAGUUUA